AUGUUUAAGCGUGCGAAAGCAGAUAUCCUUGGAUCACAUACAUCAGCACGACCGCAAUGCGUGCUUCCAGAGGCCAUAUAUGCGUCCAAUAAAACCAUCAAGCUCAUCGACAAUAUUAGCAAAUCAUUACAUGCCAACCUUCAAACUAUCAAAAUGAUGACCGAACAAUUGUCAUGCUGCUCCCGUUACUUGGAACAGGAAUUUGUGGCCAUAGCUUCCAAUGAUUCCAGCUUUGAAACCUUGAAGAUCAACAACAUCACAAGGCCACAUAUACAACAUUCAGAUAUACAGCAGUCAUCAAGUACUCAACAGGUGAAUGUGAAUAGUAUUAUUUCCAAGAUUGAUGCAUUCUAUGUAAUCCUCGUUCAGAUUCAUUCGUUUAUGCGUGAGCAUGCUGCAAAAAAUCCCAUCCGUCAGAUCCUACAGCAUGUGCUUACUUCCCAGUCCAUCGUCUUGUUUAGUAAUCAGAUUUCUGCCCUGGCAGAAGUGCGUGGCUCACCACCACUAAUCGAACAGUACAAUAUAUCAGCUGCAAUUCAGCAAGACAGUUCACAGCUUUUUUGUUUACUACAGACACACGGUUCCCUGAAAAACAUUCAAUCACAAUUUAUGGAUACUUUGGUGGAUAUUGAACGUACGCUGCAAACGCAAUGUGUUGAUUUUCCUCCAGAUUCAAGAUUAUAUUUGAAAUCGCUGUUGAUUUCAGAGCGAUCUAGUAUUAUAUCUAGAUGCGGGCGAGCACUUGCACCGCAUAGAAUCUGGGAAAUUGAGCGCAGUGAUAUUCAGUUUGUGUACAAUAAUGAAUCGUCGACUUUCGCAGUGUUAUAUGAAACAAGGCUGGGCACUGUCUAUAAAGCCAUAUGGGGUAAUCGUAAUGUUGCUAUUCAAAUGAUCAAUGGUGUGUAUAGUCAAGAUGCCGUUGAUACAAUAGUAUCUGAAAUCGAUCAUGCUCACUUACUCGAUCAUCCUAACAUUGUCAAGAUAUGGCGAGUGUGCUUGAAUACUGAUUCUCCGUUUUUGGUCAUGCCGUUAAUGAAAAUGGAUUUGACCAAAUUUCUGAGAUGCAAUAGCAUGACAAGUAUGGAGACAAGAGUUGGUUUUCUGCUGGAUAUUGCCAAAGGACUGGCUUACUUGCAUAGUCAACCGAUACCUAUUCUUCAAGGUGAAUUGCGAGCUAGCGGUGUACUGUAUGGCUACGAUGAUAAGAUCGCAAUAAGUGAUUCGGGUAUUUCAAGAACUAUUUCGUUGAGCACUAAUGCUGCCACCAGUAUGUCUAAAUCUGCACUCGCAAUGAAUUCAUCAGAGCUGUCCAAAAGAUACUAUGCGAGCCAUCGAUGGGUUGCGCCAGAGCGGUAUUACCAGAAUUACUGCCAGCAUCCGGCAUCGGAUAUAUUCUCAUUUGGAAUGACUGCAUAUGAGAUCUUGACUGGAUGGAUACCGUUUCAUCAUGAGAGAGAUGAAGAAGUCAUCGCUCAAUGGAUUUCCAAAGGAAUAAGACCGUACAUACCUUGUUAUUCUAAUGCUGAUGGUGGCAACGUCACUAGCACCGUCUGGCAAAUUGUAACGGAUGCGUGGCAUGCAGAUAUUCGUCAACGACCAACUGCAUGGGAUAUUGUGGAGCGAUUAGAGAAUGUCAUGACUUACGGUUUUCUUGACCAUGAGGAUGAGAUGCAUUUUUCGAAACAUGCCACUAUGUCUAAUAUUGAGGUUAGAGUUCAUGAUGGGAGUUCUGGCUGCGGUAAAGAUGAACCAUCUGUGUCGAGCAUGGCUUCUGUUGCAACUAAUGCCAUGUCCAUCAGUGCUAUUAUAUCUCCUUCCUCGGCCGAGUUUUUUAGCGACUCUGAUGCUAGAAAUUCCAGCAUAUCUAAUAAGGAUGGUGAUAAAAUAAUAAUGCCGAAUGCAUGGAGUACAACAGCUACUACUACAUUUGCAAGUGCUAUUCGAGAUGACAAUUAUAAUAAUUUAAAUCAGCUUGGUGCGUUUCAAGAUUGCCAUCCUAUCAUAUCUACUCCGCAGCCUCCUUCACAAUCGAAUUGCUCUUUGGCCAAUCUACCAACAUCAAACAUAUCCGAUAUUCAAAUCUUAGUAGACUCACUUCCCAACUGGACCGCUCAGAUGGGAAUCAAUUCACAAACACCACUAUCUAAACAGCAUAAACUGUACAUUAUAUGCAACGCAUCUGGAAACAUAAUCAAACUGCGAUUGGGGAACAAUGGAAUCGGUGGCCAGAUUCCCGCAUCUAUUGGAGACCUCAAUCAUCUUUGUGAGCUCAGAGAUCUUUUCAAAAAUAAUCUAACUGGGAACAUUCCGAAAGAAAUCGGGAAUUUGACAAAACUAUCUGAACUAUCUUUGUACCAAAACGACUUGCAAGGUGCUAUUCCUACCGAGAUUGGCAAGCUGGUUAAUUUGACUGAAUUAAACCUAAGCACCAACAACUUGAGUGGACAUAUUCCUCAUGAGCUUGGAAAUCUCACUAAGCUGAACAAACUUAAUCUUUAUAAUAAUCAAUUGACAGGCGAGAUUCCACGUCUCGGAAAUCUAAAGCGUUUGUGCCAUCUUGGUUUGUACGAAAACAGGCUUUCUGGAAGAUUUCCUAUCGACGUUUGCUUGCUAGUCAACUUGACCAAGCUCAAUCAGUUGGUCGGGUCUAUGCCUGGAGAGAUUGGAAACCUAACUAAUCUAGUUGAACUGAAAAUCAACUAUAAUCAACUCAGUGGGAGCAUCCCGCCCGAGAUUGGUAGAUUAUCACGACUGAGUGUUUUAGUUCUAAGCUCUAACCGGUUUUCUGGGGCAGUUCCCUGCGAAAUCAUUCAGCUUGCUCGGCUUCAGAAAUUUUCGUAUAGACAGAGAGAAGUCAAGCGACGCAAGGAGUAG